AUGAAAUUUAUAUAUUUCAGUUUUUUCAUAAUUUUUGAUUUGACAUUGUCAAGUACAACUACAUUGAGUGAUUUAAAUGUGGACACACAAACUCUUGCACAACCUGUAAUUGAAGAAAAUUGGGAAGAACUGCUUGUUGCCGGCCCAAUUGUAGUAAAUUAUAUUAGUAAUCUAAUGAUAUUAAACAGCAAACGUGAUUUUUCAUUGAAGUCAUCCAGCCCCAAUCAUGUUUAUCAAUAUAUUAAAUAUCCGAAUUCAUUUCGUAAUACCUUAGCACAGAUUGCCAAUGAAAUCUAUGCUGUAUUUAUCCGUGCACAUAGUUAUAUGGAUGGAAUACAAUUAAGUACACAACAAAUACCAAAAGAUUUGAAAACGAUUCUUAAACUACUCAAAUCAGUUCCACCUCGUACCAUUCAAGCAUUGCUUCCAAUAGCAUUAGAUACGAUUGAACAAAUUCCUAAAAAUAUCGCUAAAUCAGCCAACAUUAUGAUAAAAGAGUACGACAGUUUAACUUUGCUUUUACAAGAAGUUAUUGCAGCAAUGGCAGACACACACGCAGUCAACAAUAGUGUCUUGAUGAAUAUGAAUAUAUUAGUAAAUGCCACUAAAGAACUCAGUAAGAUGCAACAACAAUGGAGUGAAAUAAUUAGAUAUCAAAAUAUAUUAACAACACGUGUUGAAACUAUUCGUGAAACUGUACUUAAUGAACUUAUGGAUACUAUCAAAAAUGUGACAUCAACGAAUAGUGAAUUGAGUGCAGCUGCUCGAACUUUUUUUGUUUCAAAAAUGCUUGAUAAAAUAAUUGAAAUAGAACAAGAUGCUCAUUUGUUAUAUAUUAUGGCAAAAACAUAUAAUGAUAUUAGUAAUGCAUAUAUAGUAUUUCAAAUUGCUAAUGUUUCUAAACUGUUAGUGCUUCCAACUGAAGAUGAAAGACAGACUGCUAUGUCACAAUUAGGCGAAACUUUAUUAUUUACCUUAGCAGAAAUUUCACAAAUAGUUUUAGAACAAAAACAGCAAUACCAACAACGUAAUCAGGAAAUACAAGAAGAAUAUAAACAAUUUAUACAACAAAUGAUGUUCGAAGAAUUAGCAGCUGGUAUUGGAAAAUGA